UUAUUGUUCGUCUGCUGUCGCUGUCGCUGUCGCUGUCGGUCGUCAGAAUUCAGAAUUCUUUUUUCAGAAUUCAGCCAGGAACUCGGCAAGGAAGAAGGAUUUAUUCAGUGUGUGUGUGUUGUUUGUGUAUGGUGUGUGCUUUGCCGCUCCUGGGUAGAAAGUUGAUUUCUUUCUUUUAUCCUUGCAUUCAUAUAAUAUCACCAUCGUCGUUGUUUGUGUCGCUGUCGUUUUUUCUCGUCUUCGUCCUCAUCGUCGUCAUUCUGUUUCUCAUUGUGUGUCGUUGUUGUCCUCUUGUCGUCGUGCAGUAUAAGUUUGCAUUUUGUUCAAUUAAGGUGUGGUGACACUAUACUGUAAGGAACAAAGUACACAUAGGUACAUUUUAUCGACGAUAUCCUUUUUUUUUUGUAUAUUCUGUGUGCUCUGUGUCCUUUGAGAUCGGGUCAAAAACGGGUGUAACUUUGUUGCUGAAAAGUUUACAAGAAUUUCUUAAAAAAAAAGAUGAAAAAUUGCGCGAAGUAAAGUUCCCAAAAAAAUAAAAGGAUUUACAAUCUUAUCAGUCUUAUAUUUUUUUUUUUGUAUAAGCAAAAGUUAGCAAAAGAAGAAGAAGAGUGAAAAAAGCGAAAACGAACGAAAUGUGUCGAUAAAGUAUAUAGAAAAAAGCGAAAAAGCCCAUCUCUCACUCAGCCUUAGUGUUAUUGACAUCAUUUUUGUUGUUGUUUUUUUUAUGAUUUUUUUGUUGUUUUUGUACGUGUAUUAUCUGUAACCUUUUAUACGUGUGCUCUUAGUCUUAAGAAAACGAACCGAAUUUGUCAAAUAAAAAAAAACCAUCUCAUCAAGACCAAAGCCCAGCUGUUAAGGAAUUCCAACGCACUCUAUCGUCUCGAAGAAAUAAGAACUUGGUUGAGGUGCAAUCAACACACAGGACAUUUCACAACAACAAAAAAAGACAGGGAAAACGCUCGCAAUGUUCUCCAUGUGCUCCAAAGUGAAACCGAGGACUUCCCCCAGCAUUCAGCAGCACCAGCAGCCAACUGGUGCGGUGGGGAAGCAAGUCAAAGGCGGAUAUUUACUUAGAUACAAAAAACAGCUCCUAUGGAAUCGUUGGUCAGAAGAAUGGGUAGUUUUAUAUGAUGAUUCAACUAUGGCCUGGUUUACGGAACCAGGAAGAUCAUCACCAGCGGGCAAAAUCCUCGUUAAGGAAGCUCCUGAGAUGUUAGCAAUUGCACAUUGGACCGGUCAAAUACCUCGAAGGCCACCUCUACCAGAAGGCUGUGCCGUUUCUCAACUUAUAGCUCUCGGAUCAAGACGAAAAAAAUCUAAGGUCUAUUGGAUGCUAGCGAAAUCGGAACAAGAAGUUAGUGAAUGGAUAAAGGCUAUUACAAAAACGUUACCACCGCCACCACAAAUUGAAUUAGUCGUUGACAAACCACAUUUGAUGAAUGUUUUAAGAAGACCUUUAGUGCGAAUACGACCGGCUACUGCAAACGAAGUUAAAGCCCGAAAAAAGCAAUCACAAGGCUCGCAAGCACAAGCGGUAGCACCAGUUCCGGUCCAGAAUCCUCUAGUUAAGAGCGAUGCAGCUGUAGCGGUUUUAAGUAAAAAACCAGACUCCAAGGCGUCAUUAGCUUGUGUCCUACCAUGGGGACAUGGCUGGGGUUGGGCUACGUUGCCCAAUGGUGUUUGGAGUGGCGGUUUAACAUGGUCCCAGUGCGAAGACACAUUUACCCUUCAUGCCUUACCGACCACCCACUGCACCAAUUUGGUCGAUGCUGUAGCCUGCAAUGGAGCAAUCUAUCACACCGACAUUGGUGGUUUCGAUUUCCAUUCAACAGGUGUAGAAGAUCUUGGCGGUGAAGAUUUCGACUAUGCCAUGGAUUGCGGCGAUUUUAUUUUUUAAUUUUAUUUUUUUU